ACCAUUGACCAGACGGCCACUACCGAUCUCAUCAUCCCGAAGCGGGUUGGUAGGUAAGCUUGGCCAAGGUCGGGAGGUCUCGAGACGCGAGCUAGUAGGGGAGUAGCCAUGGCGGAAGUCGGAGGGCUGCUCGCCUCCGCCGUCCUCAAGUUGGCCGCCCAAAAGAUGGGCUCCGCCAUCGGCGGCCAGAUCCUGCUGCACUCGAACUUCCACAGCGACCUGCGGGAGAUGAAGAUGACGCUCGAAUCCGUGGAGGCGCUGCUCAACGACGCAGAGAGGCAGUCCAUCGACAGGGAAUCGGUGCGGCUCUGGCUGCAGCGGCUCAAGCACUGCUCCUACGACAUCGCCGACAUGCUCGACGAGGUCGAGGCAAGGACAAAUCCGGCAGCGGCCACGCCGGCUGAAAAAUUUUGUUUCCUUCUUUAUUUGUUUUUCUUAAUUGUUUGUAUGCCAGUUAUUCCUAAGAUUAUAAUGGCUAAUAAGAUGAAGAUGAUGAGAACGAAAUUGGUGAAGAUCACUAAUUUACACAAGGAUUUUGGAUUAACAGAAAGUGUUAGCUGCAAUGUACAGCAAGUUACUGACCCACGUGCAUCUGCGUCCAAAGUGGAAGAAGCAUUCAUAGUAGGAAGAACCAAGGAGAAACAAAAAGUAAUAACAAUUCUAUCAGAAGCCAGCACUUGGCAAGGCACCACAAUCCUUCCGAUAUAUGGUAUCGGAGGGAUAGGCAAGACAACCUUGGCAAAAUUGGUUUUCAACGACACUGGUUUCAAAGACUAUUUUCAGGCAUGGGUCUAUAUUUCGCAGACAUUUGACUUGAAUAAAAUUUGCAACUCUAUAAUUUCACAAAUUUCUGGUCAUGAGAACAUGAUGACUGAAAAGCAGAUGAUAAACAGACGACUUGAAGAGCUGCUUGCAGGUAGGAAGGUUCUGGUGGUUCUAGAUGACUUAUGGGAGAAAGGUGGAUCUGAGUUAGAUGAAUUGAAGCUUAUGCUUAAGGCUGGUGAGAACAGCGAUAUCAUUGUUAUAGUAACCACUCGCGAUGAAGGCAUUGCCAAGAAAAUUUGCACAGUUCAGCCAUACAAGCUGGAGCCCUUAACAGACAACAUGUGCUGGAAAAUAAUAAAACAAAAAAGUGCAUUCAAUGAUAGGGAUGACAAAAGACAGUUGGAGCCGAUAGGAAGGGACAUUGCAAAGAAGUGUGGAGGUGUGGCUUUAGCAGCCCAAUCCCUUGGAUACAUAUUACAGUCCAUGACAUCUGAUGAAUGGGUAUCAGUGAGAAACAGUGAUAUCUGGAGUAAAUCUACUUCAAAGGGUAGAUCUUUGCCACACCACAAUGUGCUUGCAUCCUUACUUUUAAGCUACAGCAAUAUGUUGCCAUAUUUGAGGUUGUGCUUUGCUUACUGUGCUAUCUUUCCCAAAGGUUACAAGAUAGUUCAGGAUGAUUUAAUUCAACAAUGGAUUGCUCUUGAUUUGAUUGAACCAUCUGAUAUAUUCUCUGUGAGGCAGCUCAGUAAGAAUUAUAUUUCACAGCUGUUGGGGAUGUCCUUUCUUCAGCAUUCAAAGGCGCCUUCAACAGUUGGACUGCAUUAUGAAGAUGUUACAUUGUUUACUAUGCAUGACUUGGUGCAUGAAGUUGCAAGAUCAAUCAUGGUGGAUGAAGUUUUGUACUCUAGGAAAGAAGGCAAUAUUGCAGGAACCAACUGCCGCUAUGCUUUGCUCGAAGAUUGUAGCAAGCCAUUAGAAUUAUUGACUACCACACCUAACAAGAUAAGGGCUCUACAUUUUUUGGACUGUGCUAAAAUUGUGCCUCGUGGUACUGCAUUUUCAUCCGCUACGUGCCUACGAGUUCUUGAUUUAAGCGAAUGUUAUGUACAUAAGUUGCCAGAUUCUAUUGGUCAAAUGAAGCAGUUGAGGUACCUAAAAGCCCCCGAUAUUAAGGAUCAAACAAUCACCAAGUGCAUCACCAAGCUCUCAAAAUUAAGCUAUCUUAACCUUUCCAGAUCUCAGAGAGUUCUUGUCUUGCCAAAGUCAAUUGGAAGAAUGGAAUGUCUGAUGCAUCUUGAUUUGUCGUGGUGUUCGCAAAUAGGAGAACUGCCAAUAUCAUUUGGGAAGCUCAAGAAAUUAGCACAUCUAAAUUUGUCAAAUUGUUCUGAGGUUAGUGGUGUUUCAGAAUCCCUGGGGAGCCUUACGCAACUGCAAUAUUUGAACUUAUCAUACUGCAGAAAAAUUGGAGAACUUCCCCAAAAUUUGGGUAAGCUCGUGGGACUGCAAUAUUUGAACUUGUCAUGCAGCUCAUAUCUUGACGGGCUUCCAACUACAGAAGUGUUGAGCACCCUUACUAAACUUGAAUACUUGAACUUAUCUUCAGAACUCUCGUAUAUUGGAAAGCUCCCUGAAGCUUUGGGAUGCUUCACUGAACUCAAAUAUUUAAACUUGUCAGGGUGUCGUGGAAUUGAUGAAUUGCCGAAGUCGUUUGGGAACCUCAGAAAUUUGGUUCAUCUGGAUUUCUCUAAAUGUUAUCGUGUUGGGCGAAUUGCAGAAGCUUUGCACGGCCUUACCAAACUCCAGUACCUGAAUUUGUCGUCUUGCUGUUAUGGCAAUCAGUUGCAUCUCAAAGGGCUACCAGAAGUUAUAAGAAAUCUUACUGAACUCCGGUAUUUAAAUUUAUCAAUGUGCCUCGAUGCUAUCUUUGAUCGCAAAUCAGCUGGUGAAAAUCAAACAUCUGUUGAAUUCAUCAGUAAUUUGGCCAAUCUAGAGCAUCUAGAUUUGUCUAAAAAUAUCAGUCUUUCUAGUUUGCCUGAAAGUCUUGGUAGCCUCCGAAAGCUACAUACGCUGGACCUUUCAGGCUGCAGCAGAUUGGAGAGGGUACCCGAAAGUAUAGCUACAAUUGAUAGUCUAAAAUUUCUAAUUGUUAUGAACUGCUGGAAGCUUGAUAGGUUUAGGCUUUCUCGGUUCAAUGACAAUUCAAUCUUAUUGCCACACUUUAUGGUUCAAGCUGGUGAUGGUGAAUCUAGCAGCAAUCUUGUUCAGCUUCAGGAUGCCAAUCCCGCUGAGUUGGAAAUAAAUAACCUUGAAAAUGUAAAGUUUGCCAAAGAUGCACAAAUAAUAAAGUUGUUGCAAAAACAAAGGAUCUUAAAAUUGAAACUUCAAUGGACUACUGGUUCUAGAAGAUAUGCGGAGGACAUGGAGGUGCUGAAAGAGCUGCUGCCAUCCAGUACUUUGGAGCACUUUGAAAUACGAGGUUAUAACAGUACAAGUUUUCCAGGUUGGUUAAUUGGCAUUUCCUCUUAUCUCCCUAAUCUUGUUGAAAUUAAGAUGGUGGACUUGAUAAUGUGCGAAAACCUACCUCCACUUGGUCAAUUACCCAACCUACAGGAGUUGGUCCUUCAAAAAAUGCCCGCCAUUAAGAAAAUUGAUGCAGACCUGUGCGGUGGGGCAAGAUCAUUUCCUAGCCUAAGGAAAUUUAUUCUAUCAGACAUGGAGAACCUGGAAGAGUGGAGCACAACAUACUCCUGUGGUGAGAGUUUUGUGAAUCAGUUCAUGUUCCCUAACCUUCAGGUAUUGGAAACACGUGAUUGCCCAAAGUUGAGGCUGAAGCCCUGCCCUCCUAGAGCUGUUAAGUGGGAUAUUUGGAGCAGUGACAAUGCAAUAUUAUCAUGGGGGGAGAGAGAGACAAGAUCCUCUGCUGAUUCCACCAUCUCAUGUCCAGUUUCUUAUCUCGUGGUUAUUUUCUGCAAGGUUCCUUUGCAUCAGUGGAGAUUGCUUCACCACCUCCCGUCACUGCCUAGUUUAAGCAUAAACAGUUGCAACGAUUUGACCAGCUCACCAGAGAUCAGUCAGGAAUUAUCCUCCCUGCGAUAUUUGACUCUACAUGGUAACUAUGAAGCAGAGCUGCCAAAAUGGUUGGGUGAGCUAACAUCACUUCAGCAGCUGUGGAUAAGUAGCAAAUAUCCGGAGCUAAAGGCAUCACAGGAGAGCAUCGCGCAGCUGACUUCAUUACAGUCGCUUUAUUUGACCUCAUGUGAGACCAUAGAAACACUGCCACAAUGGUUGGGCGUUCUCACGUCUCUCCAAGAUUUAGGGAUCUCACACUGUCCAAAGCUAACUAAUUUACAUGGUACCAUGCGACUGCGCUCUCUCCGUUCGCUGCAUUUGAGUUAUUGCGGAAGCAUUGUACAUCUCCCAGAAGGGUUGGGGAACCUUACUGCGCUCACUGAACUUAGUAUCUGGAACUGUGGGGGCAUCAAGUUUUUGCCGGAGAGCAUACGCCACCUUACUAACCUCUUCAUUCUAGAUAUUGCAGCCUGUCCUGAACUGAAGUCGUGGUGUGCAUCAGAUGAGAACGUGAUGAAGCUGGCUCACAUAGAAAGAAAACGUUUCUGGUAGCAUCUCCAUUCCACACCAGGUUGCAAACGAAGGCCUCGUGGAGUACAGGAUUUUAUGUGGCCAAUUCUCAAGGAGAUGUGGUGCACGGACAACCAUGGAAGGUUUUAAAUAUUGUCAUCUUUGUGGUAUUGUUUAUGAAGGGUGGCAUGUUUUGAUGUUUUCUAAAAUAGUAAUUUACCAGGCAGACAAAUAAAUUUAUGAAAUGUGUUGGUGUAAAUAUGUGUUAUGACUCAGACCUAUUUGUAAAAUGUUCAGAGAAUAAUAUAGAGAAGGAGGGGGUGUGCAGGAGAAGCAACACACCCCUGAAAAAUUUCCCCAAAUCAAACAAGAUGAUAUCAGAGCCAAACCCUAGCCUCAUUCCGCCUCCCAAUCCCUUCCCUUCCCUCCAUCCAUAGCCAUAGCUAAGGCUUGUCAUCUUGGGGGUGCUCAAGGGGGCUGUGCACCCUCACAACGCAUGGGGGAAAUGAGGAGAAAGUUAUUGCUGCUGCUCUGUGUGGGGGAGGUGCUCACUGCUGCUGCUGAUUAGAAGGUUGUUGGUUGCUGAUUUUUAUGGAGGAGAGGAGUAAAUUGUUGCUAUUGCUGUGUGUGGGGGCAGGAGAGGAGGAAGCACACCUUUCUCUUGCUACUGCUGUGUGGUGUGGCUGCUGGAAUGUGUAGUUAGCCAGGAAGGUUGUGAGAGGUGUUAGCUUGAGGUGAGUGUUUUGUUUUUUGUUGUGUUGGUAAUAUAGGGGUUUGAAUCCUGGUCUUCUGAGGAAGAAAUGGAUCCUACCAAAUGAGAGAAAGAUGUUGUGGGAAGUCUGGAAAAUGUAGCGAUUGCUUCAUCAUCCCUUGUCACAGAGGAUGAGAUGUAAGGUUUGUUGGAGGGUUUAGUAAAGCUAGGAAUAUUGAGUACUAGAGGUGGAGGAUCAACUGAAUUGAAACUAGAGUUGGUGCCAAAUGAAUUGAGAUUGGAAGAAAGUAAAAAUUAUUUGAGUUGGUCAAGGAGUGCUCAACUAAUCUUGAGGGCAAAAGGGGUGGAUCAUUUUUAUAGGAGGAUUGUGAAGAGCAUACUGUUAAGGAAAGUUCAACUUGAAGGGUAUGGAAUACUACAAAUUCAACUGUGGUGUCAUGGUUGAUGACUUCAGUGGCUCCAUCUAUUGCUCGAAUGCUAGAAACCAUUCAGACUGCAGUAGUUAUAUGGAAAACAUUGAACAACAUGUAUUCAUGAGAGGUAGAUGUAAUGGUAAUGGUUGAGGCUCAGAACAAGGUACAUACUUUGAAACAAGGGAGAACAGUUCAAGAGUAUGCUAGCGAGUUGCAACAGUUGUGGGCAUAUCUAGAUCAUUAUGAUCCCCUAGAAUUGAAGUAUGAUGAAGAUA